AUGUCUUCCUCCUCACACCCAAAUCCGAUGCGCCUCCUAAACGACGACGACGAGGGUCAUCCAUAUUUUGGUGAAUAUCACAAAAACCCGUACGACUUGAACAGCAAGAUCAUGCUCACAGCCAUCAUCUCAUUAUCUGUCGUCGUUUUGUUAGUGAUCGUGCUUCACACCUACGCAAGGUGUGCCCUCCGACGCCAGGCGCUUCGCCGUGCCUCCAUGCGUCAUCAUCUAGGCUCGACCAUGGCUCAUGUCCACUUGGCGGAGCAGCCCAAGACCGGCCUGGAGCCCUCCAUCAUUUCCGCCUUGCCCACUUUCGUUUUCACACGAGCGGACGGCCAGGACGACGGGGAAGCCAACGCAAUAGAGUGCGCCGUGUGCUUGAGCAUGUUAGAUCAUGAUGAGAUGGCAAGGCUGCUUCCAAAUUGCAAGCAUAGUUUCCAUGUGGAGUGCAUAGACACGUGGCUGAAUUCCCACACUACCUGCCCUAUUUGCCGGACAGAGGCACAGCCGCGUCUCCAGCCCGAGCCACGGGAGGAUCCCGUGGCAGGUGGGCCCACGGCUCCGCCUCUGGAGCCGCCUUUGAACUCCGCGCUUCAGUCAUAUAUAGAAGGGACAUCGGAUGGUGCUGCCCAGUCCAGCUCUGGUACUAAAGCGAAUGGCUCGAUUUCGAGGUUGAGUUCUUUCAGAAGAAUGCUUAGCAUGGACAGAUCUUCAAGAAGGAUCCAAUCUUGUGGCCAAGAGGACGGUAUAGAAGAUUUAGAGAGACAGUGA